AGAAAAAAAACAUCAGUCGCCAGCAACGUCCUCUCAGCGGGGGUUCAAUUUCAUGAGCGAAAAUGACAGGGUGUUUUUUUUUUUUUUUUUUUCAUUUCAACUUCAGGGUUAAGCCCCGCCCCCUUGCGACUCGUCUCCUUGGAAACAGCGACAGUAAGCGAGGAUAAAACUUACUUCAUAAAAGGUUGUUUGGUGAAACAAUGAGGAAAAGCCUCACUAAGACAGCAUUCCGAGUUAGCAGCACCUAUCAGCUUGAUGGACUUUGAGGAGUUCGAGAGCACACCUGAAGGCGGGUCUCUGAAGUCUGGACUCUUCGAUGUGAUCCUCCGCAGUUUUGAUGAAACAGAGGAGGAGGAAGAGGAAGAGGAAGAGGUGGUGGAGGUGGAGGAUGUAUAUUUUCAUGAAGAGCCAGCCCCUCCUCCUGAUUUGGACUGGUUGGAGGAAUUAUCUGAUGAGAGCGAGGGCAAGGGCGAUGGCGCCGGCGACUUUGCACCUGUGGCCAACAAUAGCAAGCAGAGGAGUUUUGCCGAGAUAGCACGGAUGUUCAAGCUGAAACGAAACCUGGACCAGAUGGACUCGUUUUAUCGACAGAAGGAGCAUGACGUGCAGAAAACCAGAGAAAAGCUGAACAUUUGCUGUCAUGAUAUAAAAUGCUGCUUGGAGCAGAAGGACCAACUGGAGUGGGAAAUAGAGCAGCAGAAGGCAAACGACAACAGUGUGGUGGUGUUUCGACUGAGAACCCAGCAUGAGUUGUUGUGUCAAAACCUGCAGAAGGAAGAAAAGCUGGAAGGCCAAAUCCACACCAAACUGAGGCAACAAGAAAUGGAGCUGAAUAUGAUUGAGGUGCAGCUUGGCAACGUCUCCAAAGUCCACCAAGAGAUGGAGGAAGAUGAGCAGCUCUUCGAGGUCCUUAAAGCACAGAAGGCGGUAACAAGGUUGGAGCAGGAGAGGAAAGUCAGCCAAAACCGUCAACGCAGGAUGAAGCUUUUCAUGGAUGAACAGGCAGCCAAGCUGAGGAAGGAGGAGAUCGAAUGUCAAAGGAAGACUGAAGAGUUUCGAGCAAACCGAAAGAUAGCUGCCAAGUACUUGAGGCAGAGCAAUAAAAGGUUACAUCAGCAAGUGGCGGAGAAGGAGCAGCAGAACAGGGAGUUUAUCGAAAGGAGGAUACAGGCUGUUGAAUCUCUAAAGUCUAACAUAGCAGCCAAUCAAGAGAGUUUACGUGGUCAGCAAAAAAGAGCCAAAAAAAAAGUCCUGAAGAAAGAACAAGACGAAAGACAACUAAAAGCUUCCCUGGAGGCUCAAGGCUUCAACGGUUUCAAACAUGUGUACCUGAAGAGACAGCUAGAGGAGGCAAAACGAAAACAACAGGAAUUCGAAGAGAGCCAGAAGUCAAAGAGACUGGAGAUUGUUGCAAAAAUGCUUCAGGAGGAACAGCUGGUCAAGAAGAGGAGCAAGGCACCGCCUCCCAAUCUCUCAUCUCAUGACAAGUUCUCAUCUUUGAGGCAAGGAAGAGAGGUGCUCCUGUCUCAUCUGGAGCCUAAGCCUCCAUCAGCCCCUCCAUCAACAAUGUUGCAUAAGAGAGAGUACAGUACCAUCUACGAGUCUUCUUCAACCUCCUCUGACGGCGAAAACUUUGAAAUGGAAAUGGAGGAAAUUGUUCACAAACGCACUGACUACACCACCCCUGCUGACUUCCUCGCUGAGCCAGAAUUUUCCGGGCUGUGGGAACAAGAAUGCAAGAAGCCCGUCUUAUCUUCUGCAAAGUCAGAAGUUAAGGAAGCUGAAUCCAGCAUGGACAGCGGGAUGUUAAAUGCGACUGCCAGAAGGAUUCUGAAACAGCCUCCAUUCUCCAGUAAGCCAGAAGUCGUCCUCUUUAAGGAUUUUGACGUUGGGAAGAGGUAUAAGAAGAAAAUUGUCCUGACAAACAUCUCCUACACUAUUAGUGUUUGCAAGUUUAUCAGAAUCUCUGCAGAGCUUACGGAGUUCAUCUCUGUCAAGUUUCAGCCUCCUGGUUCUUUAUCUACUGGGAUGUCUUGUGAAAUGCUGGUUAUAUUCCAUCCUCUGAUUAAUGAAGACCUGGAGGGAGAAUGUUAUUUUGAAUCAACCUUUGGUCCCUUCUCUGUGCCGGUCAGAUGCACCAUAAAGAAAUUCAACCCGGAGGUUGACUGCAAGUCUAUUGACUUUGGUUCGCACGUUGUCGGCCAGAGUGUUUCACGGACUAUAACCCUGACCAACAACGGAGCGCUGGCCAGCUUCUUCAGCAUGGGCACCUCCAUGCAUCUCUCUCCGGCAAGGAAGCAUGCCCAGAUGCCAUCCCAGGAUUUUGCCAACACAGAUCCGGGAAGUGAAAACAUAACUUAUUCCAGGCGCCAGAGUUCUUAUCCGCUGGGUUUAGAGGAGGUCCAUCCAAAGCAGCAGAGUCUUUCAACGGAAUCUGAAAUAAACCCUCACCUUUCCUCUGAUGUGGGCACACGCGUAAACCUGACCUUGGUGGACUACUGCGAUAUUAUACUUGGAAAUGUAAGAGGAGGAGAGAUUGGACCCUUUCAAAGUGUCAAGCUGGAAAUUUUAUUCAAGCCAACCAUUCCUGGAGAGACCAUAAUGGACUUCUACAUCAGAUUCUCCGACACAAACACAAAACCAAUACCCAUCCAUGUCAGCGGCGUGGCGGUCAGCAACCCUGUAUGGGUUAUUCAUCCCAGCAUUGACCUGAAGAUCUGCACCUUUGACUGCCUUUAUCAAUACACCAUCGUCCUUCAGAGCAGAGAAAACAGAGCUUUUAAGCUGACCUUUGAUGUGUGCCCGGAGAUGAGGAAACACCUGGAGAUUAUACCAAAACGUGGCUUCAUCCAGGCUCUGUCAACUUUUAAGGCCCAGCUGAAAUUCAUCCCAAGACAAUCCCUGUCCAAAGAUGCUCAGAAUUAUUUUGACAGUAACACAGGCGUCCUGGAGGUUCCAAUGACAGUGCAAGUAGCAGGACAGGUGCGUCCAGCUCAAUACACAAUACAUGCUAUUGUCACAUCUUCAGACCUGCAGUUUGACCAGACCGAGGUGGACUUUGGUCACUGUUCUAUCUGCCAUUUUGUCAGAACCACUGUUUGCCUCACCAACAUGUCCAUCCUGCCUCAAGACUUUGGUUUUGUGGCGGUUCCUGAGUAUAUUGAGGUCCAGCCUUACGAUGGCUUUGGCACUCUGCUUCCUCAAGAGACCCUGGACAUCGAUCUGAUUUUCAGCCCUAAAAAACCUAUAAAAUACAAUUUCCAACUCCGCUGCAAAUCUGGAAUUGACAGAGACUUUGUGCUGCCUUGUCGAGGUGUGGGUUUUCAUCCACCGCUGGUGCUUUCCCACUCUCUGAUUCAGUUCAGACCUACGGCAGUAGGCGACAAAUCCACUGCCACAAUUUACCUGACUAACUACCAAGAUAAAGAAGCUGCAACUCGACUCAUCAAAGUUGUCUCAGCGGUCGAAGCUCCGAGGUUGUUCUGCUUCAACUUACCAAAGGAUUCCGACAUCAGCAUAACUCCUGCAGUAGGACGCCUUCUCCCCGGAGAGAGAUGCCUAGUUCAGGUGAUGUUCAGACCUGUUCUUCUGGAGAAAAUGAUCAUUGAAGAGGCUCUCCGUCUGCAACAUAGCACCAAGUUGACCGGCGAGAAGGAGCCAGAUGUGAGCAGACUCACUGAACAGGAGGUACAGCUGAACACCCGCACACUUGCUGCUGAACCCAACAGAGGGAGGAGGACACCUGGGUAUGCAAAGAGGAGGGAGACGUCCUUUCCCUCCUCCAAAUUAGCUGAUCGAGUUGGCUUAAAUCCAGGAUGUGAACUGUAUGGGAAGGCCAGGGACUCGUUGCUGCGCUCCUUUACCCGAUACUACAGAGAGUACAUCGUUCGCUGCUUUGUGUCAGACGGAGAUCCUCCAGAGGCAAAUGUCCAGCCAACAUGGAGUCCCAUAAACACGCUCCACCUGAAGCUGGAAUGUCCCGCUAUACAGCCCCCUCUGCUGGUGAUUUCUGGCAAUGGCAAUAACGUCUUAGAUUUCCGUCAAGUUUACAUAGGAAGCAGAGUGGUUGAAAGGUUUACAGUUCAGAACAUUUCAGAGGAGCCUGUGGAACUAACAUCAUCAUUGUUGGACUUACAUGGUCCUUUUUCCCUGGUCAAUGCUAUGAGAGGCUUAAAUCCUGGAGAAAAACACACUUUGGUCCUGGCUUUCAGUCCAACCUUGGAUAAAAAGUAUUGUGAAAUACUCCACGUGCGAACCCCGAAAAUGGUUUUAGAAAUCAUUCUUCGAGGGGAGGGUGCGCUUCCUUUUGUCUCUUCGUCUCACUCUGGAGAUCUCCCUGACGUUGUCUACGCGUUGGAGAAAGACAUCGUCUCCCAACACUUCAAGCUAACGAACCGCUCAGCUGAGACCGUGGAUUACAGAGUGAUGCUGGCCAGUCACUCUCUGAACAGUCCUCAGCACGGAGCUGACAGGGUAACCUUGCUGCUGGAUGGACAUAGAGACACCCAGAUCCACCCAGCUGUGGGAACACAGAACUACAGAGGGCUAAGUGUCUUCAGUGUACUGCCACUAGAGGGCAGCCUUGCUCCUGGAAAGAAACAAGACAUCGCCAUCACUUUUCAGCCUGACCAUUCUUCCCUCUACUACACAGACAGACUCACCAUAGAGCUGCUAAAUAAGUGCAAAGUCUGUGAGAUAGAUCUGAAGGGUGCAGUUCCUUCACGUAACAUGUAUCUGUGUGGAGUGGAUCCUUUAACAGUACCCAUUGAUUCUCUUCUUCCUGUCUUCACUCCACUUCAUCCUCAACUCACAGAGGCAGAGGAGAAGCCGUGUAUCCCACUCCUCGUCACUCUGGAGGCCAGCUGCAAAGCAGGGGUCAUCAGGCCUGCUGUCAGGGAACUGCGGGUGGGCUGCAUCAGCUCCCCACAUUCCAAUAAGAAGAGUGGUGAGUUUCACUGGGACGACCUGGCAGCUGUGCAGCAGCAGGGCUUUCAAGUGGAACCUGCUAAAGGCGUAGUGGAGGCAGGAAGCAGCUGUUCUGUCACCAUCACAUGGAUGCCCCAAAGUAUAUACAAGCCCCUUGAGGUGGUCCAGGUGUGCGUCCCCCUCACGGUGAAGAGCGAUGAGACCACGUCUUACAAAGUGACAUUGAUGGCUUUUGUCUCAUCUGCUGCUGAUUGACCAAUACAGGAAAUGGAUGCAGAUUUUUGCUGUUUUUAUUAUUUUGAUUUCCAGGUAGUUAAACCUUUUUUUCUUUUUCUUUUCUUUUGCUAUUUGUGGUUAGCAAAAAUUGUGCGUCGUUUGGAGAGUCAAGACACGGAUGAUGCACAAUUUUAGAAUUGGAAAAACAAACAAAACAGAAGUGCUGUAAGGAUUUGCUGUUGUGGUCAUAAAAGUGCUGCCAUAUAAAAAUUGAACCAUAAGAACUAAACAGUAUGUGCAGAAAAAAAUGCUUUUGCACAAAGUCAUUUGAACUAUUUUAGUUUAAUAAAUUCCCAACAUGAGAACAGCUAAGGCUGUAACUGUACCUCUGUUAUAAAGCUUUUCAUAUAAAAACACUAUAAAGCAAUGUUUGUCUGGUUUAAAUGUAUACAAAAAGAAAUAAAAAAAUCUGAAUAAUGAGUGAAUACCAUAAAAAA